UAAAAUAAAAAAAAUUAAAUCUGAACUCCUGUUUUUCUCUCUCAUCCAGAACCGAAAACCGUUGCAUUCCGCAGUUGUGUUGUUUUUGUUAAAAUUUCUCUCCUCCCAAAAAUGGCGACCACCUCUUCCCGGCGAACCGCCGCCGCCGGAGGAGGCGUCGGCGGAAAGAUAGUGAAGAACAGGCGAGUUCCAACUACUCCAUAUGCCCGGCCUUCUCCUGCGCCCCCUCCUCCGCCUUGCGACGACCCUGAAAACCCUAAUUGGCUUUCCGGUUUGAUUUAUCCUGCAAAAGUUAUUGCUUCUGGUGCUGGAAAGAUUCUUUCGUUUUUCGGCAAUGAUUAUUCGUCGUCGUCCUCCGACGGCGAUUCUUCUGAAAAUGAUGAUGACGAAGAGGACAUUGAGAAUGAUGUCCCAUUUCAAGAGGAUGAUCAAUUAGAUAAGGUGCCGUCACCAUCCAGCAAGAGUGAUAGUAAACUUGCAAUAGAACAGUUGGUGACCCAGGAGAUAUAUUCAAGGAAAGAAGCAAAUGAACUGAUAAAGCUUGUCAGGUCUCGUAUUGUGGGUAGCAAUGGUACUUUCGGUGAAACCACUCCUAAUAUGCGAACCUCAGCAAUUAUGGAAGCGAGGAAAUGGCUGCAAGAGAAAAGAUCAGGCUCAAAGAAAAAGUUUGAGGAUGAGCUUGAUGCGUCAAAUGUGGCGUCACCAUCCCAAAUUUCCAGAAAUGAGAAGGGCUCCCCUGUGGAUAUGGCAAGGUCAUAUAUGCAAAAUCGUCCUGCCUGGGCAUCUCCAACUUUGAAGCAAGCUGAGGUUGGAUCUUCAUCACCAUUGGGCAGGCUACAUUUCAAGGAAGGAACUCCAAUGUCAAACUUCCGCAGUUCUGAGCUGAAAAAAAGUUCUUUUACAUCUGGUUCAUGGAACUUGUUGGAGGAAAUCCGUAGAGUGCGCUCUAAGGCUACUGAAGAAUUAUUAGCUGCUGCUCCGUUGACAAAGACCAUUCUGUUUUCUCCUGAAAGUACUCUGCCUCGAGAUUCCGUGUUGAAUAAAGGAGUUGGGGAAGGAACAGGCCCUGCGGAGUCUACACAUGAUAGGCCAGAAAAUGUUUUGCCAGAUGUUGAAGUGAGUACCCGUUACAGAGUCAGUCAGGAGGGUGAAGCUCUUCAAUCUGUGGAGCGUCAAGGAUCCCAGGAAGAUGCUGAAUUGGCACAUGACUAUGAUGAUGAAGUGAAGCAUUUGAAGAGCACGACAGUAGAAAAUGGUUAUGGGUGUUCUGCAUCUGGUUUUGCUCAAGGACAGGACACUACCAAUGAGGCAAGGCCAUCCGAAGGAGAAAACGGGAAUCUGGUUGAUUCAAGCCAAGUAGAACGGGAUAUUCAUAUGGAGGAUAACUUAAACUGUCAAGAAGAUGCAACUAUUGACAUCUCAACUGAUGUUGUGGUGAAUGGUUCUCAGAACAGCUCUAGCAUGCAACAAGAGGAACUGUCGCAAAAUUUCAGCCAGCCCGUCGGAGAAGAUAGCCCGGCAUCCAAAGUCAAGGUCACACAGAGGGAGCGAAAACCGAGAGGUUACACACGGAGAGGUAGAGGAAAGGGUAAAUGAAUCUGUGACUCGAAAUUUGUAACUCCAUUUGUAACAUGUCUUGUAUGCUAGUGUAGAAGUAAUCUUAACACAGGUAGAGAGCAGAAUUUCAUAGAGUUUGAACUUUGAAUCGUAUUUGUAGCAGUAAUUUAUUUAUCAGGCUCCAAUCAGUCCAAUCGCAGUGGGUUUGUUAGACCCUUUUGUAGGGGUAAUUUGUAUCGCAGUAGACUGCUUGAAUACAUGAUGGUUUGUGUAGUUAUUAGGAUAACUUCCCACUUUAUUUAUUUAUCAAUUAUUAGUCCAA